CUGAAAAUUAUACACACUUGUUGGCUGUCGUUCGUGCUUCAUAUGCUCCAUACGGCUGCUUCUCUCCGUCUCGAGUCUCGCCGUUGGUUUUCAAUAAUUCCUCACCAAAAUGAUCUUCUUGAUGUCUUUGACCACCUUCUCCAACAUUGCGCGAAACUUCACCUCCUUAAACAAGUGCACUCGCAAGUCAUUGUCAGUGGAUUCGAUAACUCUGCUUUCUUGGCAGCUAGAGUUAUUUCGGUUUAUGCUAGUUUUGGGCUUCUUUCUGAUGCGCAAAACGUGUUUGAAACAACCCCAGUUCAUUGCUUGUCGAGCUCUUUAUUGUGGAACUCUAUCUUGAGAGUAAACGUGUCAUAUGGGUGCCCUGAGAAGGCACUUAAACUGUAUGUUGAAAUGCGAAAGCGAGGGGUUUUGGGUGAUGGGUUUACUUUCCCGCUCGCUAUAAGAGCUUGUAAAUUAACGGGUCGUUUUGGUUUUGGAAGGAUUGUUCAUAAUCAUGUUAUGCAAAUGGGUUUUCAAAGUAAUGUUCAUGUUGUGAAUGAAUUUAUUGGAAUGUAUGCGAAAAUGGGACGGAUUGACUAUUCUUAUAAGAUGUUCGACAAAAUGCGAGUGAGAAAUCAUAUUUCAUGGAAUUCGAUGGUUUCUGGUUUUGCAUUGAAUCACGAUUGUGAUGGUGCUCUUGAGAUGUUUCAGAGAAUGGAACUUGAGGGAUUGGAGCCAAAUAUUGUGACAUGGACUUCACUCUUGUCAAGCCAUGCUCGAUGCGGGCGGCUUGAAGAUACUAUUGAUUUGUUUGAUAUGAUGAGGAUGAGAGGAGUUAGAGUUAGUGCUGAAGCAAUUGCUGUGGUGUUAUCUGUCUGUGCUGAUUUAGUUGCCUUUGAAAAGGGUAUGGUCAUUCAUGGGUGUGUUAUAAAUUGUGGGUUUGAAAAUUUCUUGUUUGUAAAGAAUGCACUUAUAUGUAUGUAUGGGAAGCAUGGAGAUGUAAAAGAGGCUGAGAAAUUGUUUUCAGAAAUGAAAUAUAAGGAUAUAGUGAGUUGGAAUGUGUUGAUAACAUCAUAUGCAGAGACUGGUUUAUGUGAUGAGGCACUUGCAAUAUUUUCACAGUUGGAGAAUUUAGAUAAUGGUUCUAUGGAGAGUCCUAAUGUGAUAAGUUGGAGUGCUGUAAUUGGUGCUUUUGCUUCCAAGGGGAGAGGUGAGGAGUCUUUGUAUCUUUUUCGCAAGAUGCAGCAUGCAAAAGUCAUGGCCAAUUCUGUAACAAUAUCUAGUGUUCUAUCAGUUUGUGCUGAGCUAGCUGCACUGAAUAUUGGUAGGGAAAUCCAUGGCUAUGUAGUUAAAGCUUUGAUGGAUUCUAGCAUUCUAGUGGUAAACAGCUUGCUUAAUAUGUACAUGAAGUCUGGAUGUCUUGAGAAAGGACGUACAUUGUUUGAGAGAAUUAACAGAAAGGAUUUGAUCUCAUGGAACUCAAUGAUUACUGGAUAUGGCAUGAAUGGACUAGGUGAAAUUGCAAUAGCAGUUUUUGAGCAGAUGAUUGAAGCUGGAUUCAAGCCAGAUGGAGUCACGUUUAUUUCUCUUCUUUCUGCUUGUAGUCAUACUGGGCUUGUUGACGAAGGUCGUAAGCUUUUUGAUAUGAUGUUGAAAGAAUUUAGGUUUGAACCCCAUAUGGAGCACUAUGCUUGCAUGGUCGAUCUUCUUGGCCGUGCUGGGUUGAUGCAAGAGGCAAGUGACAUUGUUAAAAGCAUGCCAAUAGAACCUAAUGCUUGUGUAUGGGGAGCUCUUCUGAACUCAUGUCGCAUGCACAAAAAUACUGACGUUGCAGAUGCAUUGGCUUUCCAAAUCUUUAGAGAAAACACGGACUCAACCGGGAACUUCAUGCUACUCUCUAAUAUUUAUGCUGCAAGUGGGAGGUGGGAGGAUUCUGCGAGGGUAAGAGUCUCAGCCAAAACAAAGGGCUUAAAGAAAGUUGUUGGACAGAGUUGGAUUGAGGUGAAAAAUAAGGUUCAUAUGUUUACUUCAGGGAAAAGUAUGCAGUCGGAUUUGAAUGAUUUUUGUGGAAUUCUCGAGGAAUUGGCUCUUCAAAUGGAGAGUGAAGGCCAUAGAACUGAUGAAAACAUCAUUGCAGAAGAUGCAGAGGAAGAAACCAUGCUGAGCACGUUAUAGAAAUAGUCACCGGCUCUCACUCUUUUGAACCUGAGCCAAUUUCUUCUGAAAUACAAGCUCUAAUGUUUAGAGAGCUUUGUUUUGAUGUAAUUUGCAAAUGGGUAGCGCAUGGAAGAUUGGCUCAAAGCUAGGCUAAAACUUUAUAUGGGUCAUUUUGUUGUCUUCACUCAUAUUCAUUCAAUUGUAAGUUGUAACCAUUUUCUUUGCAUAAUCAAUGGAAGCACUUACGAUUUACAACA